AUGCCGGGCCUCGCGCUGACGACGGUCUGGGUCCCGGAGACGACCCCGCAGCUGCUGUACUGCUCCGCCGGGUCGCGGUCCCUCGACUCCCCGACGGCGGCCGUGGAGACGACGUCCGCGGGCUGCGACGCGGCCAUGUGCUACGCCGCGCGCCGCGAGACGGGCGGCCCGAGCACGCGGCGCUGGACCUUCGGCCCGCCCCAGAAGAACGUCACGAGCGACCGGGGCCCGCGGUGGCGCGUCUGCUGCUACCGCGACGCCAGGGUGGCCAUCGGCAUGGUCGCGCAGGACCGGUUCGGGCAGUCCCAGCUCCGGUCGUUCGCGGAGCGCAUCGCCGAGAUCGUCGCGCCCGUCGUCGACGAGUGCGCGGCGUCCGCGGCCCACGCCAACGCGGCGCUGGCGAUCCUGGCGCGGGAGGUGGAGCGCUGCAACGACCGCGGCCUGGGCCACCUCGUGCCGCUCGAGGCCGCGUCGGCGUGCGUCGCGUGCGGCGGCGCGCUGGGCAAGCGGGGCGGCACCCGGGACGCCAUGGCCGUCAACUGCCACGACUGCGGCGACGUGCUCUGCGCGCUCUGCGCGCCGCAGCUCCCGGGGUCCGGCGACGGCGACGAGGCGUCGGGGCCCCGGCGGUCGUGCGGCGACUGCGCGCACGCGCGGCAGACGGGGCGGCGCGUGCUGCGCAUGCAGCCGCCCACGGGCGGCGACGAGGUCAAGGCCUUCGCGCUGCGGGCCCUCUUCGACGAGCGCGCGAGCGACGAGGGGUUGUUGGACGAGGCGGGCUUCGUCGAAUUGUGCAAAGCCGCGUGCCGCCACCCGCUCGUCGUCGAGCCGCGGAGCCUCGAGCGCGAGCUGCGCCACGGCGCCAACGUGCUGCGCCUGGACGUGACGGAGCUCGAGCGGCGCUUCCGGUCCGCGCCGCAGGCGGCUUUGGAUUUCGAGGCCGCGCGGAACUGCCUCGUCGAGAGCUGCCGGCCCGCGUGGCCCGAGCGCGCGCUCGCCGGCCCGCCGCCCGACGACGACGAGGAAACGAAGGACGAGGAGACGAAGGAGGAGCGCGUCGUGGAGGACCCGGCCGCGCGCGCGGCCGCGUGGGGGUGGAAGCCCGACAAGAAGCCCGCGCUGCGCCACGCGUCGCGCACGGGCUGGGGCAGCCUCGUGUCCCGCGACGGCCUCGUGAAGAAGCGCGUCUGGCUCGAACUGCGCGACGCGCCGCCGCGGACGUUACGGUACGCGCCGGACACCGCGAGCCCGCGGCGCGCCUUAGUGUAUCUGAACCGCGUGCGCGUGAUCCGCUGCGACGCGCCCUGCACGCUCCAGCUGCGCCUCAAUUUACCGAACGACGACGUGGGCGACCCGGACCUGGUCGACGCCGUCGUGCUGCGCUUCGAGACGCCGUCGGCGACGUGCAGCUGGUGGUCGGCUUUGAGCGCGUCGCGCCGCGAGGCGAAGACGGAGAGCCGGGGCGCGCUGGCGAAGCUCAGCGAGCUGUCCACAUUAAAAACGGACGACGCCAUGAGUUAUAUCGUGGGCGGCGCCUGGUACAACAAGAUGGCCAACUUCCUCGUGUGCGCGGUGGACUGCACGGGCGGCCAGCCCUUCGAGGGGCCCGAGCGGCCGUUCAUGCAGCUCAACCGGCCGCCGGGCCCGGCGCCCGCGCGCGUCCCCGGCAAGCCCCUGGGCGGCGCGGGCAACGCGCGCAAGUCGUCGAUCAUCCGCGCGCGCGACGUCGACCGGCGGGGCGGCGACGACGAUUUCGACGCGGACCCCGUGCCCGAGCUCGGCGACUCGCUGCCGGAGCGCGCGUUCUCCGUCGCCGGGCCCGAGGUCAAGGCGGCCUACCAGUCGCUGCUCAAGGUCAUCAUCCGGCCGCCGCGCGCGACCUACGACGAGCGGCGGCUGGGCGUCGCGGAUUUCGCGAUCAAGACGGAGGCGACGACGCACCGGACCUUCGGCACGCUGAAAAGUUCGGUCACCGUGGUCCACCGCGAGGACCUGAGCGUCCCCAACGAGCGCGGCCUGGAGGUCCGCGCGUCGCUGUGGACGCCGCGGACCGUGGGCGUCGACUACGACCGCCUGGGGCCCGGCGGCCACCGGCCGCCGUGCGUCGUCUACGUCCACGGCAACGCGUGCAACCGGCUCGGCGCGCUGAGCCUGCUGCGGCCGCUGUGCCUCGGGGGCAUCGCGCUCUGCGCCGUGGACUGCGCGGGGUCGGGCAACUCGGGCGGCGAGUUCGUGAGUUUGGGCCACUUCGAGCGCGACGACGUCGCCGCGGUCGUCGACGAGCUCAAGCGGAAGAAGCUCGUCGGCCGCGUCGCGCUCUGGGGGCGGUCCAUGGGCGCGGCGACGGCGCUCUUGUACGCGUCGACGCGGGACCCGGACGUCGCGGCCGUCGUCGCCGACUCGCCCUACAGCGGCCUCGUGCGCCUCUGCCGCGAGCUCGUCGGCAAGGUCCGGCGCCGCGCGGAGGGCGACGGCGACUCGUCGGCGCCGCGCAACUUCGUCGCCGGGGCCGUCACGGAGGCGGCGCUGGCGCUCGUGCGGUCCUCCGUGAAGCACCGCGCGGGCUUCGACGUCUACGACGUCGCGCCCAUCGAGCACGUCGCGAACAUGCGGCACUCGGCGACGCCCGCGCUCUUCGUCCACGGCAAGCUCGACGACUUCAUCAACUGCCAGCACUCCGUGGACCUCCACGAGUCCCACGGCGGCGACGCGAGUCUGCUGCUGCUGGACGUGGACCACCAGGCGAACCGGCCCGCGUCCGCGCUCAUCCAGAGCUGCCUCUUCCUCUACGACCGCUUGUUGCCGACGGACGACGCCGCGGAGGCGCGCGCCAAGUACGUCGCCCACCUCGACAAGCUCGCGGACCAGGGCCACCUCGGCGCGACGGAGGCGUCGGCCGCGGAGGCGUCGGGCCUGAGCCGCGACCGCCAGCGCGCGGUCGAGGACGCGGUCGCCGCGCGCGUCGCGGGGCGCUUCAACGGCAAGGGGGGCAUGUUCGGCUAA